CGAAAGGCUGCAACUUUAUUUUAUUCUCCCCACUAGUUUUUGUCUUCGGAAGAGAGAGAGAGAGAUAGAGAGAGAGGGUCGAUAAGGUCUUUUUCAGUUCCUUGGAUUUGGAAUUCGAUUUCGUCUAUCUAUCUCAUCGAUUUGCAAUUCAAUUCUCCUUUACGAAAUUUCAAUCCUCUUUGUUUCUCUGGUGGAUCCUUUUUCUGGUGUGUUUCCCUUAUCUCCCUACGGGGUUAAUCGGGAAAUCUAAGAUCGUAAAAGACGAAUUUUUGAGAGAGAGAAGAAACCAUCCAUCCAUCCAUGGCUGCUAUGAGCGAGAAGGAAGCUAUGGUGGAUCCUUUUUUGGUCGAAGCUCUUCAGAACCCUCGUCAUCGUCUCACCAUUUUGCGUAUGGAGCUCGAUAUACAGAAGUUCUUUCAAAGUCCAGAGCAGCAACAGUAUGAGUUCCAGCCUUUGCCAACAUCUUACCUUCGUCUUAUUGCACACCGUGUUGCUCAACAUUACGGCCUGUUUACCACAGCUUUAGACGGUGGUGGUCUUGAUGGCUCAGGGAACAGAAUCCUUGCGACCAAAACGGCUGAAAGUAGAUACCCAUAUGUCUGUUUGUCUGAGAUUCCUGUGAAGCAACCUGAGAUUCAUGGUAGGCCUGUAGGCAAAAUUGCGAUCAAGCCUAGACCCAACAGAGGAUCUGGUGGGAUAGGUAGUGGAUCAGGAGUUGAAAAGAAUCUCUUGAGAAGCGUUGAAGAGAGAAAAGAAGAGUAUGAUAAAGCUCGGGCUCGUAUCUUCAACAGCCCUAGCAGUUCUGACUCUGAAGAUUCUUCAAUACGAGCUCCUCCUCCUCCUCCUUCUCCUGCUCACCUUGACACAAAACAUAAUUAUCAAUGUCCGAGUAGAAAUGAGACCGGAGUGGUAAUUAAUAAUAAUAGUAAUCCUGUUGAUGUAGAGAGGAAUGGUGUUAUCAGAGACUCAGGAAGGACUUCUCGGGUUGCCAUUAUUAGAGAUAGAGAGAAGGAUCGUUAUGAUCCUGAUUAUGACCGUAACAGGUACGUGAGGGUUACACCACCGGUACAAAACUUCAGUCCGAUGCCAAUGCAGCUUCCGUUCCAUGACGCAAUCUUCCCGCAGAUGCCAAGAGCUCAAGCGGUCCUAAACUAUGGGCAUCCCUUAAACCCGACUAUGAUCACACCUUCAUAUACAGAGUGGCCUAGUGCCACAAUGACUUAUGCACAAACACUGAACGCAUCAGACACACAUCUUUUCAGGCACCCGAAUCCUUGACCGAUCCUCGUGUUCAGACCAAUAUCUUGUAUCCAAACAGGUUUUAUUAAUGUAGCUUUAGAUGUUCUACUCUUGUUGCAAACAUUGGCCUCUGUUUAUGUCAAGACAUCUCUCUAUGAUUUGUUACAAAUAUUAUUAUUAUUGUCAAGCUUUUGCAACGAAAUCAAAAAUCUGCAAGCGUUCCCUUUC